UCAAAGUCGGACAAAACAACUGUCACAUCCAAACAAUACGAUUCCUUUCCACCCAGGCCCCCUCCACUCUUCUGCCCUUUUUUCAUCGUCUCCAAUAAUAACAGCAGCACACUGUAAUAAAAAGAAAAACGAUGUCGUCUCUGAAAGAUUCCUCCGUCGAUCCCCAAACCCUGCAGCAACAACAACCAUACUCCGGUGCAGGAAAUGGCAAUGAUGGCAAUUACAACACAGUUGCGGAAGUUGGAUGGUAUAUACUAGGUGAGGAUCAACAACAGGUUGGACCUUACGUGUUUUCUGAGCUACGUGAGCAUUUCUUGAAUGGGUAUCUCUUAGAAAGUACACUUGUAUGGUCUGAAGGAAGAAGUGACUGGCAGCCAUUGUCCUCAAUCCCUGAGUUGAUGUCAGGAACUUCUCAACAGGGAUCUGAUUAUUCCAGAGCAGCACUCUCUUACAAUGAUAACGAGGGGGAGAAGUUGCAGGAGGUCAGAGAGGCCACUUUGGGAUCUGUUGGAUUGAGAAAUGGAUCCCAUUCUAACAAUGAACAGAAAGCCAACUAUUCUACUUUAGUGUCUUCCAACGAUGAUGAAGAUGAGUUUGAGAAAUGGCAAAGGGAGGUGAAAGAGGCAGAAGCUGAGGCAGAAAGGUUAAAAAAUGGAUCUCUUCCUGGCAACACUGGAGACGAUUUCGGGAUAGAUGAUUCUGAUAGGAUUCUGUCACCACCAGAUGGUGAGGAUGAAUUCACAGAUGAUGAUGGGACUACAUACAAGUGGGAUAGAAGCCUUAGGGCCUGGGUUCCUCAGGAUAAUCUAUCAAGUGUAAGUGGGCAGUAUGGGGUAGAACAGAUGACUUUCCAUGAACAAGAGGAGGUAUUUCUGAAUGUAAAUGCUGCUGAUGCCUCUUUGAAGGAUGAAGCCAAUGGUACUGGUGAAGUAGUAGAAUCACAACGUAGUGACAAGAGGAAAUUACAGGAUGAGCAAACUGAUAAGGACAAGCAAGCUGAUAAGAAGGAAGCCAAUAAGGCCCCUGAUAGUUGGUUUGAAUUGAAAGUCAAUACGCAUGUUUAUGUAACUGGGUUGCCUGAUGAUGUCACUGCUGAAGAAGUGGUAGAGGUAUUUUCCAAGUGUGGGGUAAUUAAGGAGGAUCCUGAAAAAAAAAAGCCUCGCGUGAAGAUCUACGUUGACAAAGAGACUGGAAGAAUAAAAGGAGAUGCUCUAGUUACAUAUUUGAAGGAACCCUCAGUUGAUUUGGCUAUGCAAAUUUUGGAUGGGACACCUUUGCGUCCCGGGGGCACAAUUCCUAUGUCGGUCACCCAAGCCAAGUUUGAGCAGAAAGGGGACAGAUUUAUAACCAAACAAGUAGACAGCAAGAAGAAAAGGAAGCUGAAAAAGGUUGAGGACAGGAUACUUGGUUGGGGUGGCCGUGAUGAUGCCAAGGUGUCAAUUCCAGCUACUGUAGUUCUUCGCCAAAUGUUCACUCUUUCUGAAAUGAGGGCUGAUGAAAGCUUACGUUCAGAACUUGAGGUAGAUGUUAGAGAGGAAUGUGCGAAGCUUGGUCCAGUUGAUUCUGUCAAGGUCUGUGAGAAUAAUCCACAUGGUGUUGUUUUAGUGAAAUUUAAAGACAGAAAGGAUGCUCAAAGUUGCAUAGAAUUGAUGAAUGGGCGAUGGUUUGGCGGAAGACAGGUAGAUGCUAGCGAGGAUGACGGAUUAAUUAAUCAUGCUUUGGUCCGGGAUCAUGAUGAGGAUGCAGCUCGAUUGGAGCAGUUUGGUGCUGAACUUGAAGCUGACUGAAUUAACUUUGAAGCUGCAGUUACACUGCUAUGUGUUCCUGAUGUUAAUUUUUACCAAAAUAGAAGUUGAUAUCCAUGAUAAAGAGACAAAAAAGGAGGGGAGUAGAAAAGCUUCUGAUGUGAUUUCUGAUUGUAAAUGAUAGUGAUGUUUUUUAAAAUGGAUGCCGUGUUUAAAGCUCAACUUUUUCAA